CUCUACUUUAUUCACAACCGAUGAAAAAAUCUUCCUGAGCCAGGACUUUCUGCAAUGUAAGUCUGUUUUAUGAAAUGUCUUCUAAGGGAGUUAACUGCAAGCUUUUUUUUCUCUAAAAGGGUAAUGGAUGAAGAUUAGUUUUUCUGAAGAAUAUAACUUUUUUUUUUUUUUGUAUAGUGGAAAUUUGGAAUAAACCAAAUCCCCCCCCUUUUUCAUUCACUCGUUUUUUUUCUUUUUGCAGUAUAAGGAAACAUUUCUUAAUUUUUUUCCUACAAAUUGUACCCCUGACAACAGAAGGAGCUUUCUUUCAACAAUAUCGUCUCGUGAACAAAAUGAAAAGACUAAUUUUACGGAUGCCGUGUUCUCAAGUGGAUAAUAAAAAAAGACUGCUGGCAUAACCGACACCACAGCUCAUCCUGAUGGGUUGUCUGAACUUCACCGGUGGAAAUGAGACUCUGCCUGGCUGGCACCCUUAUACUGUGCAGACCUCGGUGCCUGUAACAAUCCUGGUGGGCGUCCUCUUCCUGUUAAUUGUUUUUGGCAAUGUCAUGGUGGUGAUUGCUGUGAUGACAGGCAGAGCCCUCAAAGCCCCUCAGAACUUGUUUUUGGUGUCUCUUGCAUGUGCCGACAUCCUAGUGGCCACAUUAGUGAUGCCAUUCUCUUUGGCAAAUGAACUUAUGGGUUACUGGUACUUUGGUAAAGUGUGGUGUGAAAUUUACCUGGCUCUGGAUGUUCUUUUCUGCACCUCAUCCAUCGUCCACCUGUGUGCCAUUAGCCUGGACAGAUACUGGUCUGUCACUCAAGCUGUUGAGUAUAACCUGAGAAGGACACCAGGAAGGAUUAAAUGCAAGAUCUUCAUAGUUUGGGUACUUGCGGCCAUCAUUUCCUUCCCUCCGCUUAUUACAAUGAAAAAGGACGAGGGUAGAAAAGACAGCCCUGAAUGUAAAAUUAAUGAGGAAAAGUGGUACAUCAUAUUCUCCAGCAUCGCCUCUUUCUUUGCACCCUGCGUCAUCAUGAUUAUGGUGUAUGUCAAAAUAUACCAGAUUGCCAAAAGAAGAACAAGAGCCCCACCAGGUGAAAGACAAAGAGGAUAUGGUCACUCAGGGAACACUGAGAGGAAAGAUGAAGGCGAGGAGGAGGAGGAGGUCAAUGAGCAAGAUGUGGAAGAAGAGCCCUCAUCAUCUGAUGGCAAUGAAACCAUGCUAUGUUCCAUGAAGAGGAAGAGGGGCAUCAGGACAACUAAAGUGGCUCAGGUGAAGCCUGGAAAAACCUCUCCGAAGCCAGAGGCACUGCAGUGUGUGAGAGCGAGCAAGUUGAAAGGAAGGCAGUACAGAGAGAGGCGCUUCACAUUUGUUCUGGCUGUGGUCAUGGGGGCGUUUGUUCUCUGCUGGUUCCCAUUUUUCUUCACAUACACACUUAUUGCUGUGUGUGACACCUGCUGUGUGCCAGAGACGCUGUUCAAAAUGUUUUUCUGGUUCGGUUACUGCAAUAGCUCCCUGAAUCCUGUUAUUUAUACUAUAUUCAAUAAUGACUUCAGGAGGUCUUUUAAAAAGAUUCUUUGUAAAAGGGAAAGGAGAGUUUUAUGAUUAAAUCUAUGAGUGUGAAUUUCAUUAACAACAUUUUUAGCCGUGUUGAGCAAGGCUGUCAUCAGUAAAUAUAACAUUGAGUAGAUAUUUAAAUAUCAUUGAAUAUUUGAAAAAUGUGACCAGUACUAUACCCGACACCUGUGUUUAAAUAUUUGAUGUACUUCUACGUCA